GCCUCUCUCUCUCUCUCUCUCUCUCUCUCUCUCUCUCUGAUCUCAAUGCCACAAUUUGAUAUCUGAAACCAGAAAAAACGAUGGCAUUUUGGGGAAGAAUCAGCCAGUCUAAGCUAAGGCAGUUGUCCCAUCAUUCCAAGACUAUUCCUUAUGCUGCUCUGCUCAACCCCACGGUUUCACAUUCGAAAGCAUGUGUUUCAGAAAAUCCAUAUUUGAUCUCUCACCGCGGACCAACUGAUUUUGGCAGUAAAGUUAGAUUCUUUGCUGCUCCAGUCAAGUUUUGUAGAAAGAAGAUAGAGAAGGCCGCGAGUGUUCCACGAUUGAAUGAGAAGAUUGAAGCUGAGUUUGUUAGACUUGUGAUGGACGAAGGGCAUUGUAUUGUCUCAAGGAGUGAAGCUCUGGAACGCGCAAGGAAACUCAAGCUUGAUUUAGUUGAGGUUCAAUGCACGAGUAAUCCUCCUGUUGUUAAAAUCAUGGAUUUCCAUAAAGAGAAGUACAAAAGAGUAGUAAGGGAGAAAGAGCGGAAAAUAAAGUCUGACAAGACCUUGCGAUCAGAGUCUAAGGAAGUUAAAUUCUCUCCAAAAACUGAAGCAAAGGACCUAAGGAUGAAAGCAGAUAUGGUGAAGAGAUUUAUGGAGAAAGGUUACCGAGUGAAGUGUACUGCCACGGAUGCUGAGGAUAAGAACUUGGAAGCAUUGUUUGCUCCUCUCACUGUGUUGAUAGAAGAUGUAGCUCUUGUUGACUGGGAGCCGACGCGGGGAAAAGGAAAAGAGGCAUUUAUAAUCGUCAGGCAUAGGAAGUUUGGCCCAUCAAAGGGGGCUGGAAAGAAAACGAAGACUGAAGAAGAAACUACCACUGAUGUUCAAAUGAAGGGUAGUGAUGAUGCAAAUGCUACUACUUCACAGCGUGAUAUUCGGAUAAAUACGGUGCCUCAAAAAGCUUCAUCGCAGUCGGAUAUUAGUGAUUCAGGCUUAUUGCAAGCCACACCUACCAGAGCACACACAGUUCCACUGCCACCGCGAGAAUCUUCUGACGGGACUCAAAAUAGGUACAGAAACGAUCCAAGGAAUCCUUUUCCACCAAGAGGAAUGGAUAAUAGGCGCCCUGGAAUGAGAGAACCGAGGCAAGCUCAGACCAAUGCCCCUGUAUUUAGAAACUCGACGCCUCCUCUUAAUGAUAUCCCCAAGCAAGAACCAUCGAGUCCUAGUGCUCCCCGUACUACGGGACCUGGUUAUGGGAUCUUUAGCAAUCAAAAAGGUAAUGCUCCUCCUAGAGAUGGUGUAACGGACAGGGUCCCAGCAAAUUCAAACUCACCCAGUUCAAGACCUGAUAGUAGCCAAAGACCAGGCGCAGGCAUUGAUAAGGUUGGCGGAUUCGGGAUCUUCAGUAGAGAAAGCUCUGGUGAGAGCCCAAACAGGACAUUUAAGCCGAACUAAGGAUGCUGAAAUAAUAUUUAAUAUGUUAUGAUGAUUAUUUCAGAAAUAUCUUACUGUAUGGUGCUUACGAUAAUUAGUCAUUUUAUUCACCAAUUAUUUUGAGAUGACCAUAAAA